GAGAAGCGAAGUUUCGUGCGAGCGGAGGGGGCCUCGGGGACUCGCGCGGGCGGUUCAGUCGCCGGCCAGCUGCUCUUUUCCCUCCGGCUUCCUGGUCCGCCUCUGAUGAGGAGACAAUUCUGCAGUAAAAGGUGACUGGAACAGACAGAAGGCUGUGACUGAAGAAAACAAGAUGGAUAAAAAAGCAUUUGAUACAGUUCUUGAUGAAAUUAGAAAGGCUGUUUUGAUGGAAUACAAAUUAAAAGCAAUUGAAUAUGUACAUGGAUACUUUUCUAGUGAACAGAUUGUUGAGCUUCUGAGGUACUUCUCUUGGGCUGAACCGCAAUUAAAAGCUAUGAAGGCAUUACAGCAUAAAAUGGUAUCGGUUUCUGCAGCAAAAGUGGUUAAUAUCCUCAACUGCUUCACUUUUAGCAAAGACAAACUUAUUGCACUAGAAUUGUUGGCUUCCAAUAUAAUUGAUGCUCAGAAUUAUCGUCUUAUUGAAGACCUCUUCAGAGUUAAUAUGUCUGAGAAGAAGAGAUGCAGAAGAAUUCUUGAGCAGGCUUCCAAAGCAGGAUGCAAAGCACCUCAUGCUAUGAUAUCUUCCUGCGGCAUGAUUCCUGGGAACCCUUAUCCAAAAGGGAAGCCUAGCCGUAUCAAUGGAAUUUUUCCUGGUUCCCCUGUUAAGAAGGAAAAUGAGGAUUAUUCUAGUGAAGGCAAGGGAAUAGCAGCUCGAAUUCUUGGACCAUCAAAACCAGCUCCAGCAACAUACAAUCCACACAAACCUAUUCCUUAUCCGAUUCCUCCUUGUCGACCACAUGCAACAAUUGCACCAAGUGCUUACAACAAUGCAGGUCUUGUUCCACUGGCUAAUGUCAUAGCUCCUGGUUUGCCAACUACACCAUCAUAUACCUCUAGUACUGUAGGAACAGGUAAAGCAGAAAACGAAGAACUUUCCAAUCAAACAAAAUCUUCCCAAAGUCAAGCUUUUGCCACACAAAUGAAUCAUCUCUUUGCACCUCAUGGUUCUAAUCCUGCUGCUACUCCAACCCCAACCCCAUCAUCGGUUAAAGCAAUAAGCCACUCAUCAGCACUUCCAUCUCCAGCUGUGCCAGGGAUAAGCGUAUCCAAUCCUGCCUUUCCUGUCUUCCCUGGGCAGGUUAUCUCCUCCAUCCAUCCACCUCAACCAUCCACUCCCGUUCCUACUAUGGUCAAAUCUCAUUCGCUGCCUGCAGUUCCUGCCACAUCUGCUCAUGGUGCCAGCACUGCUCCACUUCCUGGCUCUUUUUCUGGACUGGCUUCUGUAGCACCCCAAGGGCUCUCCACGCUGUGCGCCACCCCUGCACCUAGUGAAGCCUUUGCCUCUGCCUCUGCCUCUGCACCCUUCGCCAACCUUCCUUUUUCUGCAGCGUCUGUCACUGCCCCAGCUAAUAAUCCUAAUUCAUUUUCAUCUGCUUUUGCUGGCCUGCCUUUGUCCUUGACCCCCAAUCCUCAGGGAGUAGCUAGCUCCAUUUCAUCGACCAUUGCCAAUUCUCCUGCCACUAGUUUGCCUUGCCCAGUUAAUUUACCUAACCCACUUUUAUCAGCUUUAAAGGGGUUUCUCUCAGUGAAUGAUAGCUCAUUAAUGAAUUCAAGUGCUCUGCCUUCGACUGUCACUGCUGAGCUUGCUUCUUUAUCUGGUCUUCUCAGUCAGAACUCCGAAGCCGCCUCUUCAUCAGGUAGCAAAUGUUACACUCCAACUGUUACCUCUUCCCUUCAGCAUCUUUCUGCUCCAGGACUCUCCAUUUUCUCAGGCCUCACCUGUCAGCCAGGAGGCAGCAGUAGUGCCACUUCUCCGGCGUUGUCAUCGCAGUCUCCUUUAACAAUGUCAUCGUCCAAUUUGCCGGUCAGCUGUGGCUCCUCAGUGGGUCUUCCGCAUUGUCCAAGCCCUGCCAAUCCUGAACAACAUGUUUCCUCUGCUUCAGCUGCCCCAGUUUUGAUUAAAACUGAACCCACAAGCCCGACUCUUUCAGGCCUCACAAUCCCAACCCCUUCUGGGGGGUCCAAUCACAGCACUUCAGGCUUGGGAGCCCUUGGGCAUGCCUAUUCCUCAGCUACUUCGUUACCAUGCAGCUUAACUAGUUCCCUCAAUCCAGCACUUCCGACUUUGACCUCUCCUCUGAACAGUUCCCCAUCUAUUCCCUCCCAUGCUUCAUCCACUCCGGUAUAUAAUGCACUUCCUCCUUUCACUUCCUUGACCAACAGUUUUGCUUUUACUGGCAAUCCAGCGCUUACUCCGGCGGGGCCUCUGUUGUCCAUUCCACCGACAACUACUUCUGCCCCACAUCUCAGCUCCUCGGGCCCUGGUCUUCCGCCACUCAUUGCCACAGCAGCUGCUCCGGCUCCACCAUUCUCCCUUAACUUGUGCAGUGCUGUCUCUUCCCUGUUUUCUGUUCCUCAAGUGCCCCUGGGCUCAUGCAACUCAUCCUUCCCUCCUUUCCCUGUCUCUAACACACCCUCUGUCACUCCUGCUCUCCCUUCUUUCCCUGGGCUCCAGGCAUCCUCUACAGUAGCAGCAGUUGCACCCCUGCCAGCAGCUGCCACAGCCCCAUCUCCAGCUCCGGUGCUGCCAGGGUUUGCCUCGGCCUUUAGCUCAAACUUCAACUCUGCACUUGUGGCACAGGCUGGCCUGACGUCUGGUCUCCAGGCCCCUGGAAAUACAGUUUUUCCAGGACUUCUGUCUCUACCUGCCAUCCCUGGACUUGCUCAGAGUGCAACGCAAUCUUCCCUCCAGGAACUUCAGCACAGUGCAGCUGCACAGUCAGCAUUACUGCAGAUACACUCUGCUUCUGCUCUAGAAAACUAUGGCUCUCAAUCUGAAGGUUUCAGUGCAUAUCCCCCAGCAGCGGGAACAUCUGGAACACCUUUUUCAGUGCAGGCAAAUCUUCCCCAGACUGGAUGGCAAUAAUGAACAUCAAUUUCAGCUAUCAAGAAGAAUGCUCUAAAAGCUUAGGAUGCUUCCUUUGGAAAAUACAUUUUCAGUACAUAUUAUUCAAGAGAGAUUCCAAAUGCAGUAACUGUUGCUGAAAUGAUAAGAAAACUGGAUAUUUUUUUACUUUAUAUCUAUGACCCCAGGAAGCCUUCAUUCCAUUUUUCAUAGUACACUCUGAGGAUACUUUAAUCCAGGUAGGAUUUUUAAGAUCCAGGCUAAUUAAUUACUGGAAAAAAAAGUUUAUGCUGUGAUAUCAGUGUUUUACA